AUGAUGUUCAGCAAGACGGUCUGUGCGCUGUGUGCGGCGGCUGUGGCGCUCUCGGCUAGUGCAGUGGACGCGUCUACCGAGGUGGCGCAGACGUACGGGCGUCUGCACCAGAACCACGACAGGUAUGGCAAGACCGACGGCUACGACAAGCGCGACGCAUACGGCAAUCGGAACGUCUACGGCAAGAACAACGGGUACGGCAAGCGAGACGGGUAUGGCCAACAAGACAGUGAUGACUCGCUCGAUAGCUACGACACGCGUGGGGCGUAUGGCAAGCAGAAUGGCUAUCGCAACAACGACGACUAUGGCAAGCGUUACGGGUACGGCGGCGCGGCGGUGGGUAUCAACGCCGCCGCGGGGCUCCAAGCUGGCGCAGGUGUGGGUGCCAGAGGCUACGGCAGAGCUGGCGUCGGCCUCAAUGCGGGUGCUGGCUUAAACACUGAUGCUGGUCUCAACGCUGGAGCGGGACUGAAUGCCGGUGCCGAACUCAACGCCGGUGCCGGUCUCAAGGCUGUAGCGGGACUGAAUGCCGGUGCCGGACUCAACGCCGGUGCGGGACUCAAGGCUGGAGCGGGACUCAACGCUGGGGCGGGACUCAAGGCUGGAGCGGGACUCAAAGUCGGUGCCGGUGCCAACGCUGGAGUGGGACUCAACGCAGGCGCCGGUCUCAAGGCUGGAGCGGGACUCAACGCCGGUGCAGCUCUCAAGGCUGGAGCGGGACUGAAUGCCGGUGCCGGACUCAACGCCGGUGCGGGACUCAAGGCUGGAGCGGGGCUCAACGCUGGGGCGGGACUCAACGCAGGUGCAGGAGUCAGGACUGGUGCGGGAAUCAACGCCGGUGCCGGUCUCAACGCUGGAGCGGGACUCAACGUCGGUGCCGGUCUCAAGGCUGGAGCGGGCCUCAACGCUGGUGCAGAUCUUAGCGCUGGUGCGGGACUGAGCGCAGGUGUGGGUGGAAACUCUGCCGGCAAGGCUUACGGAGGAUACUCCAAGCCUGGCGCCAACCGCCACUUGCGCGCGUAA